AUGAAGUCUCAGGGUGGCGUCGAGUUCUUCGUCAUCAACAUCGUGGGUAACUUUGGCACCGUCUUCCUUGACAACGGAUACUACAACAAAGCCAUCGCCGCUUCGCCUGUUCACGCCCUGCCAGGUUACAUUCUGGGUGGUCUCUCCUGGUUCGCAAUCCCUUGGCUGACGGCCACGACCAUGGGUCUCUCUGCCCUCGCUCUCGAGUCGAACCCCCGAUUCCCCACAUUCCCCGAGCGCAUGACCGAAGCUGAGGUCUCGGCCGGCCUCGCGCUUCCGUAUGCCGCCGUUGCACUCCUCGGCAAGGGCGGUGCUGUUGCGACCCUUCUCAUGAUCUUCAUGGCCGUCACCUCUGCCAGCUCCGCCGAGCUUAUCGCCGUGUCCUCCAUUUUCACCUACGAUAUCUACCGCACCUACUUCAAGCCCGAUGCCAGCGGCAAGCGUCUCAUUUACAUGUCACACGUGUGCGUCGUCAUUUACGCGCUGAUCAUCAGCUCCGUUUCCGUUGGACUGUUCUACAAUGGCAUCUCCAUGGGAUACCUCUACGUCCUCAUGGGCGUCCUCAUCUCCGCUGCUGUGCUGCCGGCUACUCUGACACUGGUAUGGAAGGGCCAGAACAAGUGGGCGGCGACACUCUCGCCUAUUUUUGGAACCAUCUUUGCCAUCAUCGGAUGGCUCGUGACGGCCAAGAAGACGUGCGGUGUUCUGGAUGUUACCUGCACGGGCUCCAACAACCCCAUGCUUGCUGGCAACGUCAUCGCUCUGCUAUCUCCCAUUGUCCUCAUUCCCAUCUUCACCCUGCUCUUCGGCAUGGACAAGUACGACUGGAAGUCGAUGAUGGCGAUCCGCAGAGGCGACGACCACGACCUUGCCAACGAUGCAGGCCUGGAUCUCGAGGAGGUACAAGGCGGUCAUCAAGAGACACAGGCCGAGUUUGAGCGCGAACAAGCCAUGCUCUCCCGUGCCUUCAAGAUUUCUGUUUCCAUGACGGCUUUCAUGACCAUCGCUAUGCUCGUGCUGUGGCCAAUGCCCAUGUACGGCUCAGGCUACGUCUUCAGUAAGCCCUUCUUCACGGGUUGGGUUGCCGUCGGAAUCCUCUGGAUCUUCUGCUCUUUCUUCGCGGUCGGAUUGUUCCCCAUCUUCGAAGGCCGCGCCACUCUUAUUCACACCGUCAAGUCGAUGCUAUCAGGCAAGAAGCCGACGCGGCACACCAUCACUCAGGGCGAGGCAGCCAGCGAAAAGCCUACUCCCCGGGCGGUCACUCCCGAGAAAAAGGAUGGCGGUCCUAACGAAACCAUUUCUUCGAGUUGA